CAAAUCUUCUCGAUCACCGAAUCCCCCUGCCCUUCUCAACCCUCCCGCCAAGUCAGCACCCCUCUACAUCACAAGCAGUUUGCCAAUACGCAUCACUAUCGACAUUUCCGUCACCCAAGACAUCGCGACUCAUCAAGUUCGCUCAAGCUCACAAUCGCUAUAUAACAUCUACUCUACUAUCAUCCUACCAUGGCAACUUCACCGACUGAGCCUAAGAAAGGUUCCUCCCAGAAGCCCCGGCUAGACCCUUACACCUGGGCAAAACUCGAUGAAGAAGCAGAGUUUUUACGUGAGGCGCUCGAGAUGCUGAGGUUCGACCCCGACCAGUCACCCAGUUGGCAAUACGAAAAAGGGACAGAACUACGGGGACUUCUUUUUGAGAACGAUCAGAAACGAAAGCACCUGCGUGGUCUGGCCUUCGAAGCCCAUGAGAAAAAGCGCGCUGCGGAUCCUACCAUGGCAACUCAACCGAUUGACCAUAAGAAAGGUUCCGUCCAGAAGCCCCGGCUAGACCCUUACACCUGGGCAAAACUCGAUGAAGAAGAAGAGCGCUUACGUGAUGCGCUCGAGAUGCUGAGGUUCGACCCUGACCAGUCACCCAGUUGGCAAUACGAAAAAGGGACAGAACUGCGGGGACUUCUUGAGGAGAACGAGCGGCAACGAAAGCACCUGCGUGGUCUGGCCUUCGAAGUCGAAGAGAAGAAGCGCGCUGCCGAGGCCGAGAAGAAGCGCCAGGCAGAAAAGGCCGCCGCUGAGAAGAAGCGCGCUGCAGAGAAGGCAGCCGCCGAGCGAAAGCACAAAGAGGAACUCCUGAAGCAAAAAGAGGAGGAAAAAAAGGCCUUGCAGGCUAAACUAGCUGCGGAACAGAAGCGCAAGGCGGAGGCCGAAGCCGCCGUGAAGAGAUACAAAGAGGAGCGGGCAGCCGCCGAAGAGAAGAAGCGACAGGAACUCAUCAAGAAAGCCGAUGAGGAGCUCGAGUCUCUGAAAGCUGAGCUUGCCGAGAAGAAGAGGCAUGCGGACUUGCUCGCCGGUUACGAGCGCGAAAGGGCCGUAGUGGAGACUCGUAAGAAGCUGGAGGAUGCAAAGAGGCGUCUCAAGCUCGAGUAUGAUGAAUGGCAAAAUAAGAGCUAUGAGGCCUGGGAAGCUCUGGAUCGUGAACGCCAAAGGGAGCUAGAGGAGGCUCAGAGGCGCGCUGCUCGGAAGGAGAAGGAAGUUUCGGGUGCGAGAAAAGAGGCAGAGCGACGAGCCUCUUUGGUACAGAAGCCUAAGGAGGUGUCUUUUGAUUCCUCGCGCAAUCAAACGUACGACCACCGCUCUUCACAGAACUACCAGCGGCCCGAGCAGCAGAACUUCAAGCGUCCAGAUAAUGGCGGCCAAGAGAAGAGUCAUCAAUAUCCUCCCGGUCACUCUCGUCCCUACAACUACCAGCACACUUCCCACCCCCAGAAUGCUCCUCGCCCACAGGACUCUCAGCCAAAGCAGUAUUCCUCCACACAUCAUCAACCAAGACAUCAACUGCAAAAUUCCCACGCUCCCCUUGGUGCGUCUCCCCGCGCUGAUCAAACUCCCGUUGGUCUCUCCGGUCUGCCAGUUGGUCUCUCCGAUCUCCCCGCUGAAUCUUCAAAUGUCUCUCAAUCCCCAGUCGCUGUUGCUCCAUGGGAAGAAAAGAACUGGAGUAGUCAUGGUUACCCAGUUUCUUAUGGACAGCCAGAGUACUCGCACCGCGAUGUGUCGCACCAGAAACCUUCGGUCGCGGAGAAAAAAUGGUCCACACCAGUGAUCCCUACCUGGAACGGGCCCGCUGAAGAAUCAAAUGUCAUGGACAAGAAGCGCUCCGAGUCACCCUUUGUUCCUGUUUCUCGACUUGAAUCACCGCCAAAGGAGAGGUGGUCACUGCCGCCCUCGCCCUCUCCCAGCCCGAAUGAGCGCAAAGCCUGGAAUCACUCUACCUACCGGAGUCCGGAGGCUGAUGUCAGCACUCCUCGCGAGACCGAGGAGGAGAAGCUUCGCCGCGAGGUUGAAAAGUACAAGGUCAAAGCCGCGAAGCUGGAAGCUGACCUGGAGAGAAAGAAACGGGUUACCGGUGCAGACAGCGUGGCGACUUGGCAGACCGGAACCAAGUCGAUUUGGGAGGACCCGACCAAGGAUGCUUCCAAGAAAGAUCCUCGAAGUCACCGGAACGAGACCCCAAAGCCACAAGCCGCCAAACCGCCCUCCAGCCGGCACAAUGAGCAGGAAAGCAAGAGGGACAGCACGGCAACAAACUCCACCCAAGGACCUUCCAAACCGGCAGUCUCGGUGCAAAAUCUCCGUCGUAGACAACCGAGUGUCAGCCAUCACCACUCUUCAAGGAGCAAGACCGAGGCUCAGUGUCAAGAGCCGAAUGCCAACCGCAACAAUGAGCGACCUGAAAGCCGGACAAGCACGCACACCCGGUACUUUGAGGCGCCAGAGUAUAUAUCCUCUGACGAAGAACAAACUCCCAGACCGAAGAUUUCCAAGCCUGACACCCACUACCGAUGGCAGAGAGCAUCGGUGGAAUCUACCCGCCCUUACGUCCCUCCUACUCCUCACCGACGCCCGUCCCCCCCUCCCGUGCUUCCUCCGACGCCUCCCCGCGGCUCCAGGGUUUCCACCCCCGCAACACUUCGGCCGGCUUCCAAGCAGCAGGCCAGCUUCAAACAGGAGAUUCAAACGCCAAAGCUGACCUGCAUCCCCGGCAGCUGGCGAGAUGAACUUCCCGGCAAAGAUUCGCGUGAAGAUCGCUGGCCGGCCAACGUUUCGACACCCAGCAUACAAAGCCCAGCCAUCCCCGUUGUUAAGACGAAGGAGAAGUUCCACCCGGAGCGGUACAUCCCUCCGAACUAUGGUCCGAAGGAUGUGCCUCCUCCCGACUCGUAUCUCUCCGCGGACUCCGUCCGUCAGCAGGCCGGCUACAACCACCCCGGAGCCCCAGGUUACACCCCCAUCUACAAACCCGCUGCCGUCCCGCAACCCGGCCCUGCGUACCCGAUUCACCACCCGUUAUACGCUUCCUACAGCCAGGUGUACGCUGGUGGUGCGCAUCAGUUCCCUCCCAAGGUCGACGUGGAGGCCGGUCCAUCAGGGCAUGGUGGAUCGUUCCCAUCUUGGGCAGACCCUUCGGCUGCUCAGAGUUUGGGAGGAACCCAGGCUCCUCCAAGGAAGGACAAGGGGAAGGGUAAGGCCCGGUGGUGAUGGCGAUGAGUGGGAUUCG